AUGGUGGUGCCCAGGAAACGGAAGGACUCCACAGAGGAGCAGGACGAGGACUCUCUUCACUACGCUGCUCUGAACGUUCAGUCUUCCUCCAGACGACAGAGAGUCACGCCUCAGACAGACUGUGUGUACUCCAGACUCGGCCAAUCAGAGUCGAGCUUGUUUCUUGACAAAGUCAGGACGCAGUUCAGUGAAGAAGAGAGUUUGAAGAGAAUGGCUCCUGUGCAGAAGGUCUGUUGCCUCCUUCUCGUACAUCUGGUCACAGUGAAGAUUCUCAGAUUCUCAGCCGUGGACAGAUGGAGUGCAGUGGCUCAUCAGAUCCAGUUCUUGGCGUCUGUUCACGUCUUCGUAAAGACUUUGAACCCUGGACUCGGCGUCCAUCAAACGGCGUCAGGACCAGUGGAAGCAGGACGCUCUCUGGUCCUUCGAUAUGAGGUUGAUUCGGGAACGUGUCUGGGGCCACACAGGGUCCAUUGGUUCAGACAGUCGGAAGAGUCUGCAGCAGUUCUCUACGGCGAGGAUCAGUGCCAGAGCGACGAAACAAACCCGACAAACUCCUGCUUCUACGACCUCCACAUUCAUAACGUGAGAUCAGAGCAAACUGGGACGUACUACUGCGCUGUGGCCGCCUGUGGACAGGUCCUGUUCGGGAACGGGACCAGGCUCAGGGUCAGAGAAGUCUCAGACAUGUUGGUCUAUGUCUUGAGUGGAGUGUCUGUGUUCAGCACCAGUCUGGUUGUUGGACUCUCUUUCUGCUUGUGCACAAAUAACAACACAGACAAAUCGGUGAGAAGUGCUGCAGCUAAGACAAAGGAUGUUGCCAAACGUCUGCAGCACAAGGCCACAGAGCAGGUGAACAGAAGGAGACAGUCACAUGACACAUGGAGCGAGUGCGUCUACUUCAGUGUGGAGCAGUGA